UUUCCUUCCCGACGAAGCAGCAGCAGCUGCCCUGCAACGACUCACCCACAUCAAACCAGAAAACAAUCCGCCGCCUCCCAAUCGCAAGCUCCCGCCGCACCACGCCACCGCCGCGGCCUCCAUCCCCGGCUAUCGGCGCCUCGGCAUCCGGGCAGGCAGCCACGCUUCGGCACCUCCCGCCUCGAUGGGGAGCGACGCGGAGCCCGCCAAGGGGCUGCUGCCCUACCUGCAGCGCGCCGACGAGCUGCAGAAGCACGAGCCGCUCGUCGCCUACUACUGUCGGCUCUACGCGAUGGAGAAGGGGCUGAAGAUCCCGCAGAAGGAGCGCACCAAGACCACCAACUCCAUCCUUAUCUCCCUCAUGAACCAGCUCGAGAAGGACAAGAAAACCUUGACUUUGGGGCCGGACGACUACCUUCAUGUGGAGGGAUUUGCAUUAAAUGUCUUCGCUAAAGCAGAUAAACAGGACCGUGCUGGACGAGCUGACAUAAACACUGCUAAAACCUUCUAUGCCGCAAGCAUCUUCUUUGAGAUUCUUAACCAGUUUGGCGAGCUUCAACCUGAUAUUGAGCAGAAGCAGAAAUACGCUAUCUGGAAGGCUGCUGAAAUAAGGAAAGCUAUCAAAGAAGGACGUAAGCCUGAACCUGGUCCUCCUGGUGGGGAUAAAGAUGAAGCACCUGUCAGUACCACCACAAUUUCGCAGGAUAUGGGGCGAAACCAGUCCUUCAGCAGUACACAGCAUGGGACUGAAGCACCAUCUCCACCUGUAGACAAGGAUUUUAGUAGGCGGGAUAGCUUUUCCACUGUGCAGCCAGGAAAUAUUGUGCAUCGACAAAGUACAGAGUUCAAUGAUCAUCCCUCUACUCACUCACCCUAUUCACCCCCACCACCCUCACAAUCCCAGCAUCCUUCUCCGUCUCAAUCUUAUUCCUCUCCCUCAUACCAAGCAACAGACUACCCUUCUGAUUUCCACAAGCCACCCCCCAAUCAUUCAUCUCCCCACUACACAAGCGCAGACUACCCUACCAAUGAGGUCCCCAAACCACCAUCUAAUUUUUCCUCACCGCCUUACACCAGGACAGACUAUCCUCCCAAUGAUGGCUACAAUCCUCAUAGCAAUGAUAAACCAGAUGUUUCGGCUUAUCCUCAGACAUACCAACCCCCGCCCUACACAAUUGAACCUCAGCACAUCUCGCAAAACUACUACUCCACUGAAGCUCCAGCUGCCCCAUACAACUACCCUAAUUUUCAGUCAUAUCCAAGUUUCCAGGACAGCACAUCGGCUUCUGUCCCGACACAUCAAUCUUCAUUCUAUCCUGCAAGUGAUGAUCCUGCAGCUACAUCACACUCUCCCGCAUCGAAUCCCUCCGCUCCCACACAUUACCACUCUACUGCUGACUCUACACCCCAAGUUACUCCUCCAGCUGCACCGCUAGCUAGUCAAUAUAAGUAUGAUAGCAGUUACCAGCCAGCAGUUGAGAAGAUUGCCGAGGCGCACAAGGCAGCAAGAUUUGCAGUCGGCGCUCUUGCAUUCGAUGACGUGUCUGUUGCCGUGGAUCACCUUAAACGUGCGCUGGAUCUUUUGACAAACCCUUCUGCUGAAACUCAUUAGCUCUUUUGGCGUUGCUCUGCUCUUCUCAAAAGCAUCUUCUGUACAUAUACAAGAUUGGUAUACCACCAGAUGGAGAUGUUUGCCAGGCUGCAUACAUACAAGAUACAGGUGUCGCCACACAAAUCUGGGAGAUAAUAAUGGAGCCAUUCCGUGUGGGCUUUUGAAGCAAUGACGCUGCUUUCAGGAAACCUUCUUGUAAAAUUGAAUUAUUUGUUAUCGGAGUUUUGUGAGGAGGAUUUGUAGCCCAUUGUGUCCAGUUACAUAUUCUUGAGGUUUUCUACGGUAUUUCUGGGUAUGGAUGGUUGAUGCUGUGCGCGUAUCCCUCUAUUGUGGUUUGCCAUGCUGUCGUCACCAUGCUGUAGCUAUCUGGAAAUGUUUCAGGUCUUAAUUAGAUUACUCUGUUCCUAGUUUUAAAGCAUAACCUUGUGUAAAUUGAUUCCUUCUCUAUUCCUCAAAUAAUUAUUUGGAUCUUUGAAAACAAUUUUCUCCCA